UCGGUAUCGUCGCACAUUUUGAAAAAAAAAUGCGACUAAGUUAACAAAUUCACAUAUUUGAACUCGUUUUCAACAUGAGCUUAUUUGUUGAUUUGCGCCAAAUCAAAACUUCCGUCUCAAAUCUGUCGGAGAUGGUGGAUAAAAUAUCUACGUCGGUGGGCAAGGACAAACAUUGCGACGCUCGCACGCCCCGGCACGAGGAUUCCGUGCUUUUCGACGAACGGCCCCCCUACAAGCCUACUUUAGGGUUCGGGGUUCGUUUUUCUCAGAGUCAAGAAGACGUUUAUAAAAAUAUGCCUUCAUCACGUCUACGCAGUCAUAUGUCACUUCCCAAUUUGGGUAAAGCGAGUGGAGUAUUCGAGAAAACGGAAAUGGCUCAUGAAAUUGGCCCGAAGAUACUCGAAUUAGACGAUAAAGACAUCGAAAGUUCCGUUAAAGCCAUACAAACCUUGUCUGAUAAUAUUAAUGAUUGGAUUAUGACCUCUACCUAUAAGAGACCCCACUUUGAUGAUAAUGGAGACACGCAUCCUAUGGACUUUGUAGAGUAUGUAAAGUAUUACAUGUCUGAGUUGAACAUGCCUGUAGAGAAACAACUCGCCUUUAUUAUGUCAUGCUUCGAAGGUGUACCGCUUAUGUGGGCUCGCUGUUUCAAAAGUGAAUUCAAAGACGUAGAACAUUUUUUCAAAGCGUUCGAAGAAGAAUUUUGGGGGGCUGACAGGCAAAAGGCUGCCCUGUAUGAUAUGAAGUUAGGAAAGUAUGACGAAGCUAAUCAACAGAUACCUAUGUCGGAAUAUUUCUUGCAGAAAGUUUCUAGCUACAGGCACCUCAAUCCACCGCCCUCCGACCUGGAGAUCGUGUACUCGCUGGCUGCUCACUUUCCAUCUGCAGUUGAGCUAGAAUUGCGACUGUCUCCGAAGCCGACGCUACGUGAAGCUUACAGGAUGCUGAGGCGCAGAGAGGGCGAAGCGUCGGACUUCCUUCCGAAUUACUUGUACGAAAUGUGCGAAGCCUUCCAACGCGGCCAGAGACCGGAGUCGGCGCGUCGCCAGGACGCCGGACUUGCGGCAAACUCCACAGAAAAACAUUCCUAGAAAAUACGCGGCUAUUUCUAAUAAUAUACAUAUACCACGCUUUUGUAGGUACUUAAAGUAAAAAACAGCCGAACUAAACUAUUAGUCAACUUAUUUCAUGCCUUACACCUUACACCUAAGUAGUGCUGAUAUUCACAUAAAAUAACGAAGUUGACGUUG